CAUGUGAAGCAGGUUGGCAGGUAAAGGAAUUCGCCAUGUGGACUCUUGUGGUUCUUUGCAGCGUGAUUGCCUCACUUGGAGUGCAAGGUGCUGAUCAGAUCCAAAACAGUGAGGAAAAGAAUCUGGCAACAGGUUCUCCAGAUUCCUGCCUAAAUAGCUGUGGCAACCAUGUUGGAAACUGCUCUUGCUCUUCAAGCUGUGAAACCAAUGGGGACUGCUGUCCAGACUAUUAUGAUUACUGCUCUUCUACAGCUGAACCAGCAGCACGUACAGCUCGGUCCUCAUGUCGUUACAACUGCGGCUGGAACAUGGGAACCUGUUCCUGCGCAAGCUCUUGUCAAUACUAUGGCAACUGUUGCCAUGACUACAACUAUUACUGCCCUGCAAGCUCUACCCCGGACCCUUACGUGACACCUCGGCCCUCGUGUCGUUACAACUGUGGCGGGCACAUGGGAAGCUGCUCCUGCUCAAGCUCUUGUCAAAACUAUGGAAACUGCUGCUACGACUACUAUUCCACCUGCCGGCCAACUACAGUAGCACCUACACAGACCCCAACAGCUCGGCCCUCGUGUCGUUACAACUGUGGCGGGCACAUGGGAAGCUGCUCCUGCUCAAGCUCUUGUCAAUACUAUGGAAACUGCUGCUACGACUAUUACUCCACCUGCCGGCCAACUACAGUAGCACCUACACAGACCCCAACAGCUCGGCCCUCGUGUCGUUACAACUGUGGCGGGCACAUGGGAAGCUGCUCCUGCUCAAGCUCUUGUCAAUACUAUGGAAACUGCUGCUACGACUAUUACUCCACCUGCCGGCCAACUACAGUAGCACCUACACAGACCCCAACAGCUCGGCCCUCGUGUCGUUACAACUGUGGCGGGCACAUGGGAAGCUGCUCCUGCUCAAGCUCUUGUCAAUACUAUGGAAACUGCUGCUACGACUAUUACUCCACCUGCCGGCCAACUACAGUAGCACCUACACAGACCCCAACAGCUCGGCCCUCGUGUCGUUACAACUGUGGCGGGCACAUGGGAAGCUGCUCCUGCUCAAGCUCUUGUCAAUACUAUGGAAACUGCUGCUACGACUAUUACUCCACCUGCCGGCCAACUACAGUAGCACCUACACAGACCCCAACAGCUCGGCCCUCGUGUCGUUACAACUGUGGCGGGCACAUGGGAAGCUGCUCCUGCUCAAGCUCUUGUCAAUACUAUGGAAACUGCUGCUACGACUAUUACUCCACCUGCCGGCCAACUACAGUAGCACCUACACAGACCCCAACAGCUCGGCCCUCGUGUCGUUACAACUGUGGCGGGCACAUGGGAAGCUGCUCCUGCUCAAGCUCUUGUCAAUACUAUGGAAACUGCUGCUACGACUAUUACUCCACCUGCCGGCAAACUACAGCUGCACCUACACAGACCCCAACAGGACGGCAAUCAUGUCGUAACUACUGUGGCUACUACCUGACAACCUGCUCCUGCACAACCUCUUGUCGAGGCCAAGGAAACUGUUGUUAUGAUUACAACUCACAAUGCCUUGCACCUGGCACAACACCCUCAGCUCAGCCCUCCUGUCGUUACAACUGUGGCCGACACAUGGGAAGCUGUUCCUGCUCAAGCUCUUGUCAAUACUAUGGAAACUGUUGUAAUGACUACUACUCCUACUGCCAAGUCACAACUGACAUGCCAACUACAGCAUCGCCCUGUGGAGGCUCUCUGUACGGCUCUGGUUCCUUCUCCAGCCCGAACCAUCCCAACAGCUACCACAAUAACGCCAACUGUGUGUGGCAGCUCAGGGCUGCACACGACCAACGAAUCUUCCUGUCUUUCGACUACCUGCAAUUGGAGAACUGCUGCGGCUGUGACUAUAUUAACGUCUACGAUGGGCCGUCUGUUAACUCAAGAUUUCUGGGUAAAGUGUGCAACGACAGUCUACAACAGAGUACUUUCUACUCCACCUCCAACUACAUGACGGUGCUCUUCCAGACUGAUGGCUCUGUGGUUGGUCGAGGGUUCAAUGCUGACUUCAUUAGCUCUCUGCCAGCAAGCUCAGGUCGAGUGGACUGUUCCUCAGACAACAUGAACAUUGUGAUCGAGAGGAGUUACCUCAACUCUCUCGGCUACGACGUCCAGAGUUUGUAUCUGAAUGACCAGUACUGCAGACCCCAGGUUUCCAGUUACCAGGUGGUCUUCAACUUCCCCAUUAACACCUGUGGCAAUGUUCGAAAGUUUGAGAAUGGCAGCAUUGUGUACACUAACUCUCUCCGAGCCUACGCCUCCACCUCUGGCGAGAUCACCCGCCAGUCUCACUUUAAGAUGAACGUGGGCUGUCGGAUGGAGCCGGAUUCAGUGUCCCAGAUCAUGUACGUUGUCCGUCACAAUGAUAACAGCAGCAUUACCGGAACAGGCAGAUUCAAUACCAGCAUGGCGCUCUACACAUCCUAUAACUUCUACUAUCAGGUGACGGAGGUUCCAUACAUGGUGACGCUCAACCAGUACAUGUAUGUCCAAGUGGACCUGGGGAGGGGGGACAGCUCCCUGGUCCUCUAUCUGGACACCUGUGUGACCUCACCAUCGCCCCAUGAUUUCCAGAACAGAUCUCACUACCUGGUCCGCAACGGCUGUCCUGUGGAUAACACCUACUAUGCCUACGUCAGUGGCACCCAUCCCUAUGCCCGCUUCAGAUUUCAGGCCUUCCAAUUCCUGCGAGCCACAGAGUCGGUGUACAUCCAGUGCAAGGUCCUGAUAUGCCUCGCCUCUGACAACAAUUCCCGCUGCCGCCGUGGAUGCUACAACCGUGCCGCCAGAGACGUGGGGUCAAAACACGACAGCCAAACUCUGGUCCUGGGUCCCAUCCAACUCAAAGAACCAGAGAAACAGGAGGAAGAGACUCCUAAGCAGGAGAAGGCUUAACUUGAUUCUGCGGCUUCAAUCAUCUUCACUGUUCUUUUUGUUCAUUGUGACAAUGAAUCAGCACUUCUUUCCUUUCAUCAUUAACUGAUUAAAAGCAUCCUCAAAAGACAA